GCUUGGCGUGUUCAGUGAACCAUCCAGAAACAGACGCUAGCAGACGCUUUAGCAGACGAGAACCACCGGCGCCCUAGUCCGUGCUCUGUUACAUUUGCGGGGUGAAAAUGAUACAUAUUUUUACCCUCCUUUUAGUUACCACGUUUUCGUACACAGAUGUAUCAGCCUUAGGGACAGUUGCUCUGGAUUCAUGGACUUAUGACAAGGUGACAGGGAAGUUUCCAGUCUCCAUAGUAAAAUUUGAUGUUGCCUAUCCGUAUGGACCAAAGCAUGAUGCUUUUAAUAAAAUGGCUGAAUCAGCCAAAUCCGCUCCUGAUGUUUUAGUCGCUGAAGUUGGCAUUAAAGACUAUGGUGACAAAGAAAACUCUGACCUUGCAGAUCGCUUUAAAAUUGACAAGGAACAGUACCCUGUCGUUAAAUUAUUUGUUCAGGGUAAAGAACCGAUAGAUUUCAAGGAGACCACAGAUGAGGGAUUUACAUCUGAUAAUUUGAUCCAGUUUAUUAGAGCUAACUCUGGAAAGUACAUUGGUCUGCCGGGUUGCCUUGAAGCAUUUGACAAGAUAGCCAUCAAAUUUAAUGCUGCUUCUGACGAAAGUGAAAGGAAGGAACUUCUGCGAGAAGCUCAGGGACUAGUUGGGCGCAUUGAAAAAAUUGAAGACAGGAAAACUGGAGAGGUGUAUGUGAAGAUGAUGCAGAGAAUGCUAGACAAAGGUGCAGGAUUUGUGGAUGAUGAAAUGAAACGUCUCAACAAACUCAUGACUGGAAAAUUAUCAAAUGAGAAGAAGACUGAUAUGGGCCACAGGAUCAAUAUCCUACGGGCUUUCCGUGAUGAAUUGUAGACCUUCUCACUUAAGCUUUCGAUCUUCCUUGGAUCAGACUGAACUGGUACAUAUUUUGCAUGCCAUGAGGACCACCAGAAUGGCCCGAAGUCAGUCAUUGAAUUUAUAUUGCUGUGGUGCCACAAUUGUGUUUCUCUUUUUACUGUAACUAAGUCUAACUACAACCAUACUAUGCUAAUGGUUGCACACAGUAUUUCGACAAUAAUCUUUGCAGACAUUUUCACCUCAUUCGUAUUGUGUUCAUUUCCUUCCAGUAUUUUAGAAGACAACAUGCCAAUAUAGGCCCAGUCUUAAACAUAAGAACAUAGUCAUAUCAGUGUGGUGUAACAUCUUUUUUUUUUUUUUUUAAAUUGUAAAAUAGAAAUUUAGGAAGUAUUCAAACUUACACAUUCCAAUAUUUAUCGUGGAGUAGGUGGUCUAAAUUCACAGCCUAUUGAGGAGCCAAAUUUAAAUCUAGAGGUGAUUCAAUUUUUAACCUUUUCCUAUUUCCGAAACAAUUUUACUGGCAUAAGUAUUUACUGAUUUUCUGUGAUAAAAACCAAAACUGAAUAGUGCUGUAUUUAUAUCAAAAAAACUGCUUAUAUACAAGAACUGUGUUAGGAAUCAUUCUAAGAUACAGCAGUUGGAAAAAACUAGGAAAUUUCAAAGAAAUUAUACAUUCUUCUAAGUAUGGGUAACUUUAGGUUGUCUCAGAUGAAUCUUAUGUUACCUAUCCUUUACUACUCAUUGGAUGGUCCUGCCAUCUUAGCCAAAUGGAACAUUCUUCUGUAAAAUAAUAGUUUUGUUGGUUGGUUAUGGUGGUGUUCUGUUUAAACCUUGAAUGUACAAAAAGAAAUAAAUGAAGUCAAUA